AUGGCGGCACUUCUCCAGUGUAUCCGACCCAUCUAUGAUGCCCUGUGCUGUCCAGGCCUCCCAUUCAAGUAUCGCUGGCGUCUACUUGCUCUUGCCCCCAUAAACGCUCUCGCCUACUCCUUCAAAUGGCUGCCAUGGGUAUUCUCGCGAUCAUAUUCCGUCGUCAGACUCCCGCUCGCUCGAAGUCCCGGCCGCUCAAGUCGUGCUCUGAUCUUCACCCCUGAAUCCUCAUCUCAAUCCUUGCGGCCUCUCCAUAUCCACGUUCAUGGCGGUGGGUUUAUAGGCGGCGUCCCAGAGCUGGACAAUGCAUUCUGCAAGCGCACGGUUGAGGAGACCGGCGCUGUUGUUGCUUCCAUUUCAUACCGUCUAGCCCCCCGGUAUCCAUUUCCAUUGGCUCACCAGGAUGCGCAGGACGCCGCGGCUUAUAUUUUGGAGCAUGCGGAGCGACUCUGGGGAGCCAAUCCAAAACUGCUGACGCUUAGCGGGUGUUCAGUGGGCUCGAACCUCGCUCUCGCCAUUUCCCAGGGCCUUGCAGAUUCAAAUACUUCUGCGAAGGGCGCACUUAUGAUUGACAAUCCUGUCGAUCUCCGUAUCCCUCCGUGGGAAAAGCAGCGACCACCUGGAUUUCCAAAAUCAGACCCCCUUGCUUUCAUUGUCCCUCUCUUCGAUGUCUACGCCGAGUCUGCACGGUCUCGGAGAUCCGAUGACCCCCUUUUGAACCCUAUCCUAGCUGACAUCCGCACCCUUCCGCGGAAAAUGUUGUUUAUCAUCGCUGGCGCGGAUAUUCUUCUACAUGAGGUGACGACCUUUGUAGAUCGGCUAAAGAAGGAUGCGGCGAUUCUAAAUUCCCAACGUGAUAGUAGCGCGGAUUCUGACUCGACGAGCUAUGAGAUUGAAGGCAUGGUGUUUGAUAAUAUGCUUCAUGGUUGGUUGGAUCGCUCUCGAUGCCUCCUACGAUUUCAUCCGACGUAUCCAUGCAGAAAACGGAUGGCACGACGAUAA